AUGGCUGGUCUCUUUCAGCUCUUUCACAUGCGGUGCAGCCCACCCAAUGACCCCCAGGACAUCUCAUUCUCCGGCAAAGUGGUGCUUCUGACAGGUGCCACCUCAGGUCUGGGGUUUGAAGCAGCCAUCAAGAUCCUCAACCUAGGUGCCGACAGACUCAUUAUUGGAUCACGCGAUAUUGAACGAGGCAAAGCAGCCAGGAUGGAAAUUGAGAGGGCCACCCAUCGACCCAACACUAUCAAAGUCUGGGAGCUAGAAAUGAGCUCCUUCCAGAGCGUCAAGUCCUUCACUGAUCGUGUCAACGCCGAGCUGCCACGCCUCGACAUUGCACUCCUCAACGCCGGUAUCUGGAACGCCACAUACAAUCAAUCCGCCGAAGGCUGGGAGGAGACUCUCCAGGUCAACACCCUGUCCACCUCGUUGCUGGCUCUGCUCUUGAUCCCCAAGCUCAGGAGGAGCGCCACGGCCACUGAACCCGCUCAUCUCAGCGUCGUCUCAAGUCAGAAGUUUGUCCGUGUGAAGGCUGAGACCCUGCAAACUGACGACCUCCUCUUGCCGCACCUGAACCAGCAAGUCAACUUCAACGGCCCCAAGCAGUAUAGCAUUUCAAAGCUGCUCCUCGAGUUCGUGGUGAAGAAAAUCGCCGGUCUGUCUCGCAAUGAAGAUGGCUCUCAUCCACUGAUUGUCAACACCGUGAGCCCCGGCUUUUGCGCCUCGGGCUUGGGCCGUCAGUACAACCAAUGGUACGAGAAGUGCUUUAUGUGGCUGUUCACCAAGUUGUUUGCCCGAACCUCCGAGGAAGGCAGUCGAUCGUUGGUCAGCGCCACCGUCCAGGGCGUGGAGUCUCAGGGCAAAUGCUGGUACAGUGACACAUAUGUCAAUGAAUCCCGUGCUCUGACAACCGGUCCCCACGCAGAGGAGCUUCGGGAGAAGGUCUGGGCAGAGGUCAUCGCUGUGCUGGAAGAAGAAGCCCCCGAGGUGUCCAUCAUCUCUCGCGGUGUGUACCAGGGUGUUUAG